CCUCUCCUCCCAGGGCGGGGCGGCGUGCUGACGCCACACGCCGGGGCGGGGCCGAGAGUUUGGUGCCCCGGAGUGGGGUGUCGGCGCCUCAUUCGGGUGGAGCUGAGCCGGAGACAGGCGGUCGGGAGAGACUUCAGGACAAGGAUGUUUCACUUAAGGACUUGUGCUGCUAAGUUGAGGCCGUUGACGGCCUCCCAGACUGUGAAAACCCUUUCACACAGCAGACCGGCAGCAGCUAGGACGUUUGGGCAGGUGCGGUGCUAUGCCGCCCCUGUGGCUGCGGAGCCCUUCCUCAGCGGGACUAGUUCGAACUAUGUGGAGGAAAUGUACUAUGCUUGGUUGGAAAACCCCAAAAGUGUCCACAAGUCAUGGGACAUUUUUUUCCGGAACACCAAUGCCGGAGCGCCCCCGGGCACCGCCUACCAGAGCCCGCUCCCCCUGAGCCCAGGCUCCCUGUCAGCUGUGGCCAGAGCGCAGCCCCUGGUGGGAGCCCAGCCCAGCGUGGACAAGCUGGUGGAGGACCACUUGGCAGUGCAGUCUCUCAUCAGGGCCUACCAGAUUCGAGGGCACCAUGUAGCACAGCUGGACCCCCUGGGAAUUUUGGAUGCUGAUCUGGACUCCUCCGUGCCCGCUGAUAUUAUCUCAUCCACAGACAAACUUGAUCUUGCAGUUUUCAAGGAACGACUUCGAAUGCUAACAGUAGGAGGGUUCUACGGCCUGGACGAGUCUGACCUGGACAAGGUCUUCCACCUGCCCACCACCACAUUCAUCGGGGGGCAGGAGUCGGCCCUUCCUCUGCGGGAGAUCAUCCGGCGCCUGGAGAUGGCGUACUGCCAGCACAUUGGGGUGGAGUUCAUGUUCAUCAACGACCUGGAGCAGUGCCAGUGGAUCCGGCAGAAAUUUGAGACGCCCGGGAUCAUGCAGUUCACCAACGAGGAGAAGCGGACCCUGCUGGCCAGGCUGGUGCGGUCCACCAGGUUUGAGGAGUUCCUGCAGCGGAAGUGGUCAUCUGAGAAGCGCUUUGGUCUGGAAGGCUGCGAGGUGCUGAUUCCUGCCCUCAAGACCAUCAUCGACAAGUCAAGUGAGAACGGAGUGGACUACGUGAUCAUGGGGAUGCCGCACAGGGGGCGGCUGAACGUGCUUGCAAAUGUCAUCAGAAAGGAGCUGGAACAGAUUUUCUGUCAGUUCGACUCAAAGCUGGAGGCAGCUGACGAGGGUUCUGGAGACGUGAAGUACCACCUGGGCAUGUAUCACCGGCGGAUCAACCGCGUGACCGACAGGAACAUCACCCUGUCGCUGGUGGCGAACCCGUCCCACCUCGAGGCCGCCGAUCCCGUGGUGAUGGGCAAGACCAAAGCUGAGCAGUUUUACUGCGGGGACACUGAGGGGAAGAAGGUUAUGUCCAUCCUUCUGCAUGGGGACGCGGCGUUCGCCGGCCAGGGCAUCGUGUACGAGACCUUCCACCUGAGCGACCUGCCAUCCUACACGACUCACGGCACUGUCCACGUGGUCGUCAACAACCAGAUCGGCUUCACCACGGACCCGCGCAUGGCCCGCUCGUCGCCCUACCCUACCGACGUGGCCCGAGUCGUGAAUGCCCCCAUUUUCCAUGUGAACUCGGACGACCCCGAGGCAGUCAUGUACGUGUGCAAGGUGGCAGCUGAGUGGAGGAGCACCUUCCACAAGGACGUGGUGGUGGACCUGGUGUGUUACCGGCGUAACGGCCACAACGAGAUGGACGAGCCCAUGUUCACACAGCCGCUCAUGUACAAGCAGAUCCGCAAGCAGAAGCCCGUGCUGCAGAAGUACGCCGAGCUGCUGGUGUCGCAGGGCGUGGUCAACCAGCCUGAGUAUGAGGAGGAGAUCUCCAAGUACGACAAGAUAUGUGAGGAGGCCUUUGCCAGGUCCAAGGAUGAGAAGAUCUUGCACAUCAAGCACUGGCUGGACUCCCCCUGGCCUGGCUUCUUCACCCUGGACGGGCAGCCCAGAAGCAUGUCCUGCCCCUCCACCGGCCUGACGGAGGAUAUUCUGACACACAUUGGGAACGUGGCCAGUUCCGUGCCCGUGGAGAAUUUCACCAUUCAUGGAGGGCUGAGCCGGAUCUUGAAGACCCGCGGGGAGCUGGUGAAGAACAGGACCGUGGACUGGGCUCUGGCGGAGUACAUGGCUUUUGGCUCCCUCCUGAAGGAAGGCAUCCAUAUCCGGCUGAGUGGACAAGAUGUGGAGCGGGGCACUUUUAGCCAUCGCCACCACGUGCUGCACGACCAGAACGUGGACAAGAAAACCUGCAUCCCCAUGAACCACCUCUGGCCCAACCAGGCCCCCUACACUGUGUGCAACAGCUCGCUGUCUGAGUACGGGGUCCUGGGCUUUGAGCUGGGUUUCGCCAUGGCCAGUCCUAAUGCCCUGGUCCUCUGGGAGGCCCAGUUUGGUGACUUCCACAACACGGCCCAGUGCAUCAUCGACCAGUUCAUCUGCCCGGGUCAGGCCAAGUGGGUGCGGCAGAACGGCAUCGUGCUGCUGCUGCCCCACGGCAUGGAAGGCAUGGGCCCAGAACAUUCCUCCGCCAGACCAGAGCGGUUUCUGCAGAUGUGCAAUGACGACCCAGACGUCCUGCCGGACCUGAAGGAAGCCAACUUUGACAUAAAUCAGCUAUACGAUUGCAACUGGGUUGUUGUCAACUGCUCCACCCCCGGCAACUUCUUCCAUGUGCUGCGUCGCCAGAUUCUCCUGCCCUUCCGGAAGCCGUUAAUCAUCUUCACUCCCAAGUCCCUGCUGCGGCACCCUGAGGCCAGAAGCAGCUUUGACGAGAUGCUUCCAGGAACCCACUUCCAGCGGGUGAUCCCCGAAGACGGCCCUGCAGCCCAGAACCCAGAAAACGUCAAGCGACUUCUCUUCUGUACUGGCAAAGUGUACUAUGACCUCACCCGCGAACGCAAAGCCCGGGACAUGGUGGAGCAGGUGGCCAUCACGAGGAUCGAGCAGCUGUCGCCCUUCCCCUUCGACCUCCUGCUGCAGGAGGUGCAGAAGUACCCCAGCGCCGAGCUGGCCUGGUGCCAGGAGGAGCACAAGAACCAAGGCUACUAUGACUAUGUGAAGCCCAGGCUGCGGACCACCAUGAACCGCGCCAAGCCCGUGUGGUAAGGCAGCGGGC